ACACUCUCUCUCUCUCUCCCUCUCUCUCACUCACACUCACUCACGUACUCUUGACGGCUGCGCGUUCUAGAAGAGGGUAUCCUCGGCUUGCGUCUCCGUCCGGCACACUGUCAUACUGCUGUAUCGCGGCUAAGAGAACUGUCACUGCUGUUGCCCAAAAGACAGUAGCAAUGGCAACGGAACUUUUCGAAAAACAGAAGACCAUAGAUCUCAGGAAGAAGCACAUAGGGCCGUCCUGUAAGGUAUUUUUUAGUCAUGACCCUAUAAAAAUUGUACGUGCCCGGGGUCAGUACAUGUAUAACGAAAAGGACGAGAAAUACCUGGAUUGCAUCAACAAUGUGGCGCACGUGGGUCAUAGCCACCCAGCGGUGGUGAGUGCGGGGUUCAAGCAGAUGGAGCUACUCAACACCAACUCGCGCUUCCUACACGACAACCUGGUGCAGUACGCCCAGAGGCUGCAGGCCACACUGCCCGACAAGCUCUCCGUCUGCUACUUCGUCAACUCAGGGUCAGAGGCCAAUGACCUGGCCUUGCGUCUGGCCAGGCAGUAUACAGGACACAAGGACAUCAUCACGCUGGACAAUGCGUACCACGGUCACGUGUCGUCCCUGAUUGAGAUCAGCCCUUACAAGUACAAGCAGCUGGCAGACAAGGAGCAGAACCCUCACGUGCAUGUGGCUCUGAGUCCAGAUGUGUAUCGGGGGAAGUACAGAGAAGAUCACUCAGAUCCAGCCACUGCAUACGCAGAUAACGUCAAAGACAUCAUUGACAAAGCCCACGGCAAUGGACACAAGAUCGCUGCUUUUAUCGCCGAGUCCCUCCAGAGCUGCGGAGGACAGGUCAUUCCCCCUGCCGGCUACUUCCAGAAAGUGGCACAGCACGUGCGGAAGGCCGGGGGUAUCUUCAUUGCUGACGAGGUGCAGGUGGGCUUCGGGCGCGUGGGCACUCACUUCUGGGCCUUCCAGCUGCAGGGCGAUGACUUUGUGCCCGACAUCGUCACCAUGGGCAAGCCCAUUGGCAACGGGCACCCCAUGUCCUGCGUAGUCACCACCAGAGAGGUGGCCGAGGGCUUCACUAGCUCAGGGAUGGAGUACUUCAACACGUUCGGGGGCAACCCAGUGUCCUGUGCUAUCGGGAUGGCGGUACUGGACGUGAUCGAGCAGGAGAAUCUCCAGUCCAACGCGCUGGAUGUGGGCACCUACCUCACUGAGCUGCUGGAGCAGCAGAAGGGCAAACAUCCGCUGGUCGGAGACAUACGGGGUCGUGGCCUGUUUGUUGGGGUGGAGCUUGUCAAAGAUAGGGCAAAGAGGACCCCCGCCACAGCUGAAGCACAAGAUGUCAUCUACAGGCUGAAGGAGCAGCGGAUUCUCCUGAGUGCUGACGGUCCACACCGGAAUGUUCUGAAGUUCAAACCGCCCAUGUGCUUCUCCAAAGAGGACGCGGAGCUUGCCGUGGAGAAGAUCGACCAGAUCCUCACAGAGCUUGAAACGGUGCUGGGGAUGGGUCUGUCCAGCACAGCUGUGUCUGAGAACGGGAGCAGUAAGAGGAAGGUUUCCAGCGAGGAGAAUGGACACCACGCACACGCAAACGGGAAAGGCCACUACAGUCAGCCCCCCACAGCCAAGUCCAGUAAGAGGAUAAGAACAUGAGGAGGAGGAAGAGGAGGAAGAAGAUGAGGAUGAGGGGAUGCCUGACUAAUUUCAGUGCUGUUCAGGGGUGUGUUGUUUCCAAAGAGUGUUGUUGUGCAGAGACUGCGAUAACAAAGAGACAGAAGGAAGAGUUUAUAAUUACAUUGCACAGUGCUUUCGAGGGAAACACACUUCAGUUCAACGCACAAGAAAGUGUGUCAGAGAAGCCAGUGUGUUUGCGUUGAUAGGACAUAAUUCCAGCCAAUUUUUAUGUUGAUGUUGCUAUUAUUAUCAUUCACUUCCAUGUUUUAGUGGAGAGAUGAGGUGCCUGAAUUAUGAAACAAAAAUGAAAUGUAUUCCAUUAUCCCAUUGCUUUAUUCUUUAUGAUUUUAUUUUAACAUUUCUCUGUCUUUUAUCGUCUCAACAUGCUAUAAUAGUUUUCUCUUUAAUUGUGGUUUGCCCGGAAAUCCCCCCCAUCCCCUAACACAAGGUGCAUAACGAGUCAUACGCCUUAAGCGCUCGGUCAUCACAGCUUCACAAGGUGCAUAUCAAUCACCAUAUUUUAUCUGUCAUCUGCACACAUAAGACCCAUCACAACAUUCAGCCACAGAAACUCCAGGACGUGUUGAAAAGACGUUAUCGAGGGGUCUGUUAGGGCUGAACCCAGAUCAGCCACUUGCUUCCUCUGCUGCCCUCCUAGAGUGGCUAAGACAUUACGAACCGUGGAACCUGGAAACCCCAGGCAGGAGAGGCUGAGGUGGAGGCAGGUAACAGGUGUUAUAUGAGAAGUGUGUGUGUAUGUGUGUGUGUGGGUGUAUGUAGGGGAGAGAAGGCUGCUUGAAAAUGCAUGUGUUACUAUGCAGCUAAUACCAUGUAUACAGUUUCCAAUGCUGACCUUAAUGGUCAGUGUGUCUAACGGCCUUUUCUUGCUUUUUAUCCCUGUUCAAUAUCACAGUAAAUCCUGCCUGUCAAGAACAAAAUAAACCUGAGAGAUUUGA